AUGCGUUCCUUUGCCCUCCUCUCCUUUGCAGCUUCUUUGCUCGGAAGCGUCUCUGCCAGCCCUGCUUUAGUAAACCGCGCUGUUGCAUUCAACCGAACUGUUGCUCCAGCCGGUGCAAUUGUCGUUGAUCAAACUGGUACAAUUGCCGGCUCCUACACCACAUUCCAAGCGGGUGUCAACGCACUAUCCGCCACCACAACCGAAGCUCAAUACAUUUUCGUAGCUCCCGGUGUCUACUUCGAGCAAGUGUAUCUCCCACAAAUCGCAUCUAACCUUACCAUCCAAGGUUAUACCAACGAUUUCCGCGCGUACUACUACAAUGAGGCUACGCUCACCUACAACCUCGCCCUCAUCAACACCACCUCAGAUGAUUUAACCGCCACGUUCCGUGCCCACAACACCAACACCAAGGUGUACAACAUGGUCAUCAAGAACACAUUCGGUCACAUCAACUCCAAUGGACAGAACCUUGCUCUCUCCUCCUACGCCUCCAACGUCGGUUACUAUGCUACCCAAUUCUGGGGAUACCAAGACACCGUUCUCGCCGAGGCCGGUUACCAGCUCUACGCCAAGUGCUUGAUCGUCGGAGCUAUCGAUUUCAUCUUCGGCGAGAAAGCUCUCGCCUGGUUUGAAAACAACGAUAUCCGCACUAUCGCCAAUGGAGCCAUUACCGCUUCAGGUCGCACCAGCGCCGCGGUUGACUCCUGGUAUGUGAUCAACAACUCCAACAUUGCCAAUCUCAACAACAAUCUCACUCCAUACAACAACUAUCUCGGACGACCAUGGAGAGAUUACGCACGUGUUGUUUUCCAAAACAGUUUCUUGGGUGACAACAUCAAGGCGGCCGGAUGGCAAGAGUGGAGUACCUCGACUCCAAACACUGACGGAGUUACUUUCGGAGAAUACAACAACUACGGACCUGGAAGCGUUCUCGAAGAAGGCCCUCGCGCAAACUUCAGCUCCCAAUUAACCGCUCCCAUCGACAUCACCACCGUCUUGGGCCCAUCCUACACUAGCGAGUUCUACUACGAUGCUAGUUACAUGUAA